GUCAUCAUCGAAAAAGCUUCUUGAGUUCUGUUGGCAUUGGCGCAUCUUCCUCGCAUUUUCUUAUCAGUGGGUGCUUAGCAGUCCACGAGAUCUUCGAUUUGCGCUACGAUCAGUUCCUCUCGUUGAAGGUCUAUACGUCUACCAUGGAAAGGUUAUCAGGCUUGGCUAUCAUCUGCUGUUUUCUUCUGGUCAUGGGCGUCGUCCGGUGCAAGACCGUGAAGAGAGACGUUAAAGCACUGAAUGAAAUCAAGGCGUCCCUUGGGUGGAGGGUUGUAUAUGCUUGGGUUGGAGAUGAUCCAUGUGGAGAUGGUGAUUUGCCCCCGUGGUCUGGAGUUACAUGUUCACAACAAGGAGAUUAUAGGGUUGUUACAGAAUUGGAAGUAUAUGCAGUAUCUAUUGUUGGGCCUUUUCCUACUGCUGUUACAAAUCUACUUGACCUAACGAGACUGGAUCUCCAUAAUAAUAAGUUGACUGGGCCAAUUCCUCCACAGAUAGGACGGCUGAAACACCUAAGGAUACUGAACUUAAGAUGGAAUAAGCUGCAAGAUACACUCCCUGCUGAAAUUGGUGAACUUAAGAAGCUAACUCAUUUGUAUCUGAGCUUCAAUAGUUUCAAGGGUGAAAUUCCUGUGGAGCUUGCUAAUUUACCGAACCUUCGUUAUCUUUAUCUACAUGAGAAUCGUUUCACUGGAAAAAUUCCGCCGGAGCUGGGGAAUCUCAAAAAUCUGAGACACCUUGAUGUAAGUAAUAACCACUUAACAGGAACACUUAGGGAUCUCAUCCGCAAUGGUGAUUGCUUUCCUGCUCUACGCAACUUGUAUCUUAACAAUAAUCUAUUAGGUGGAGGUCUACCCGAUCAACUUGCCAAUCUAUCGAAUCUAGAAAUUCUGUAUCUCUCCUACAACAGAAUGAGUGGAGCAGUAACACCUAAGCUCGUCGAGAUACCGAGACUAACCUAUUUGUAUUUAGACCAUAACUCGUUCAUUGGGAGAAUCCCGGAUGGAUUGUACAAACAUCCCUUCUUGAAGGAGAUGUACAUUGAAGGUAACAAUUUCAAGCCUGGAACAAAGGCAAAGGGCACGCAUAAGGUGCUUGAUGUUAUUGAUACGGAGUUCUUGUUCUAGUUUGCAUAUUCAACUAUCUGUCUUCGGAGUAAAUAGUUUUUGUUUUUAUCAAUUAGCGCUGUUCAUAGCUAUUGCUGUCAUGAAUACUUUCCGAAAAGUGCUUUUUCUGCAGUCAGAUGAAAUUGAGAGCAGUAAUACCUGUAAAAUUUGGAGACCAUAUAUAAUAUGCAGAAUUUGUUAUAUGAAGAAUAUAUGUGAUUGUUUUUAGUUUGACGAAGGAAAUAUAUGCUUAUAUCUACCUUUUAUGAAUGUUUUA